UGGGAGAGGAGCAGUCAUGUGACGAGGCACAUGUAGUCACAUGACUGUGAUAGUUGUCUUCCCUGCUGUUGAGUUUAUCACAGUAGUUGCAGACAGUUCCGUGUACAGUGCCGGCAUCAUGGCCUACCCCGGGCUGCUCAUCCCGAUCAUCGUCAUGACCGUCUUCUGGGGUAUUGUGGGCGCUGUGCUGCCGUGGUUCAUCCCCAAGGGACCCAACCGAGGGGUGAUUAAUACCAUGUUGGUGACGUGUGCCGUCUGCUGCUAUUUGUUCUGGCUCAUUGCUAUACUGGCUCAGUUAAAUCCUCUGUUUGGACCUCAACUCAGUGCUGAUGCAAUCUAUUACCUGAAAUUCCAUUGGCCUUAAACCAGUUCUCCACCUGAUUUUUAAGGGAAAUGAAAACUUGCCUUAAUGGACUUGCUCUCACACCAAAAAUGCCUUACCCGUAUUCUGUGACUUCUGUCUGCUGUUAUGCAGUCCUCACACACAUAAGUGUUUCAUCGGCUAUAUAUGUUUGUUCUACUUCUUGGGAGUAACAUUUUAUAACCUUUUUUUUUUUUUUUUUAUUUCAGUUCCAAUACUCUUUCAGAUUACUGUCUUUUUCACAAAGUAAUUUUAAAUCUACUAAUCCCACAACAUACUGUUGCACUCAGUGAUCUAAGGGAUUUACUUUGUAUUUUUAAUUUUCUAUUUAUUUCAGUAUCAUAAUUGUGAACUCAAUAGUCAAGAUUUUUCACUUCAAAACUCAAAUGAUAAAAUAAUAAGAAUGUCCUAUUUAUUUUUAUCGGUGGGUUUUUUUUUUUUUGUUUUUUUUUCUUCAUCUGAAUUUUUAACAAAGUACAUUCCGUUCAUGCCUUAUCUCCCAAUACCCAAUCCAGCGUGUGCCUUGUAGCUGCCACGUUAUUGGUAUCUAUAUGUUUUUAUGAUAAUAAAAGAUGAUUCUAUGGAAAAAAUUAAAAA